AAGCAAACAUAAAGAAGCAAUACAUGAAGAAGCAAGACAUAGCCCUUUAAGAAGGUGACCACGUGACCACGCUGUCAAAUAUGGCUUCCUCCUCCUUGGGGUGAGAAAAGCGACUGCCGAUAACAAAAAAAGACUGUUCUGUGUCCAGAGAACACACAGGAGAAUCUUACGUCUGAAAUAGUACAACAUUUAAGCGGUGCUUUAACCAUACUGAGAGCCUACUUGAGGAUGAAUGGUCCCAUACCAAGGAAGUGACAGAGGUUCAUUGCUGCACACCAUCUGCUCAGAUCCAUUCACUGAAUUUUGACGCUCUGGUCCUGCAGCCAUGGAGAUCAACCCAGCAAUAGUGGAGUCCAUUGUGGUGCUAGCUGUGGUGCUAUGUGUUCACCUGGUGGUCUGGAACCAGCACUCCUGGUGUAGUAUAGCCCUCAUCAUUCAAGCUUUCUAUGUUCAACACAAAUGGGACCGUCUGCUCAAAUCAGGAGGCGCUGUAUUUCAGUUUCGCCCUUCUGCAAACAGUGGCAUUGUCCCAGCCUCUAUGGUCAUGCCCCUACUUGGUCUAGCAUUAAGAGAGAAAUGCUCUGCCUCGGGAAAUGUUUACUUUGAGCGCUUCUCCAUGGUCAUCACAAUAACAGGCAUGAUGUUGGCUCUGUUUCUCUCUCUGAUUGCUCUUGGCAUCACUAGACCUCUACCCACAAAUACCUGCAUUAUUGCUGGUAUGGCUGCCAGUGCCAUUGUUUAUACAACUAAACAGACUCUCACUGUCUCUGAGGUCAUUGAGGUUUUGGAGGUGCUGUUAAUAUUUGUGUACCUCAGCCUGAUUGUGCUUUACCUCCUGCCUCGCUGCUUCACACCUGGAGAAGCACUUCUCAUUGUUGGAGGAAUCAGUUUCAUUGUGAACCAGCUCAUUAAACGCUCGCUGAAUCUGGCAGAGGUCAAAGGUGACCCAGUUAACUAUUUACUGCCAGUGGUAGUCUUGGGUUCUUUGUUACUGGGAAUGUUUUUUGCUUUACUCUUCUGCUUCAUGGAAUCAGAAACAUGGGUUUCAUCGCUGUUUUUUCACAUAAUGACUGCUGUCCUGGGGCUUGGAAUCCUCUUGCCGUGGCUGGCUUUGUUUAUUGGACGCCAUCCUAUUAUGUGGCUAAUAGACUUUCUCACAUUAAAUGACAAGAGACUGUGUCUUCUGGGGUAUUGGGUUUUGCUUGCAGUAGGGGCCACCUGUGUUGUUCUACAUCAAAAUUACCAGCGACAGUCAGGCUCGAAAAAGCAUCAAGCAUCAACAGUAGUCAGAAAGUACUUUCAUUUGAUUGUAGUGGCUACAUAUGUUCCGGGGCUGAUCUAUGACCGACAGUUGCUCCAUGUCGCAUCCGUUGGUUGCCUUGCUGUGUUUUUGUUCCUGGAAUAUGUGCGUUACUUUCGGAUACGACCACUAGGCCAGCUUCUACGGCAGUUACUUACAUUAUUCCUGGAUGAGAGGGACUCUGGGCCUCUCAUCCUCACACACAUCUAUCUGCUCAUGGGAAUGUCAUUGCCGGUGUGGCUGUUCCCAGGACCCUGUGCUCCUAAAGGGGUGCUCCCUGGAGCAGGGGGCUUGGUGCCUUAUGCAGGCGUGCUGGCUGUUGGUGUUGGAGACACCGUGGCCUCUGUAUUUGGCAGCACAAUGGGGGAGAUCCGGUGGCCAGGCACAAAGAAAACCAUGGAGGGGACUGCAACAUCAGUUUUUGCACAGAUCAUUGCUGUGGCAUUUUUUCUUAUUUUUGAUGGGAAUAUCAAUCUGAACUCUACCUACUCAUGGAUUGUUGGUUCCAUCACUCUGGUGGCCAUGCUAGAAGCGUACACCUCACAAAUCGACAAUCUCCUCCUGCCAUUGUACCUCUUCAUCCUGCUCUUGAUUUAAACAUCAAGCAAUUACAAAAUAUUCUGAAAAUGUUAUGUACACAAGCAUACUCUUUUGUAAGAACAAAACUACUUGUUAACUAUAAACAAUGCAUACAACUGUUUCGGCAACAUAAUGUAUUGUGAUAACUUUUCUGUCCCAUGACGUUGCAUUUAUUAGAUAUCAAUUAUUCAGAUUUUGGAGCACAAUGAUUUAAUUGUUUUUUUGUUCUUAAGAUAGCUAUUGAAAACUGGCAAGUAAAAUGGUACUACCUUAACCCUUUAAAUACUAUUGCCCUUGAAGAACAGACUUAGAUGUAAAAUAUGUAAAGUUUGCCUAUUUGUGAAGUGUGAAAGAAUGUUUGCCUUAAUAUUUUUUUACAAAAAUCAUGUCCAGGAGAACGUGCAUCACUUCUGCAAAGCCCUUACAUUUUGUUUUGUAAAAUGUAAGUAUAAUGCCUACAUACCCAAAUCAACAUUUCUGUUCAGUUAGAAUAUCAUUAUGAGAAACAUAUUAUUGUGACAUUGUACCUGCAUGAUCAUACUGUUUACAAUUUUAUUUUAUUUUUUUUAAUCCUUACUGUGAAGAUGAAGAUGCAAAAUACGAUGAGAUGAAGUGCAGUCACUCUUACUAUUCAAGUGCUUUAAUGUUUUCAGUGUAUUUCCAAUGUAGUGUUAUUUAUAAUACAUGCUAAUUUAUUAUCUUACCAUGUCUGUCUUACCAUGAAAAAACUUAAACCAUCUGCUGUUAAAGAAAUCAAUUUUAAUGGGCCCAAUUUGCUGGAAAAAAGUGGCAAUGAUAAUUAAACUGAAUAAAAAGGUUUGAAUUGA